ACCUCAGGGAGCAUCAGUUAAGGUUGAUGUGUACCUCAGCCAGGUACGAGAGACGUGAGGCUAACCACAUCCUGUUUUAUCCGGACAGCAUCGCUACAUGUUGGUACAUUCUGCUCUCAGGAUCAGUUUUAGUCAAUGGACAUAUGCACCUGGCCAGAUGCUGUUUUGGCAGACAGCUGGGGGGCAGGCGAGGCUGUGAAUGUUUCACUUUGGAGCCAUCAGAAAUGAUUGUGGUGGAUAACAGCAGCGAGGGCGACAACAAUUUCCUGCAGAGAGAGGAGUCUCAACGGCGGUCUAGACGGCGGUUUAGGAGGGUGAACCCGAGAGGAGAGCGGGAACUUAUAACAGACGGCCAAGAACCCACAGGCUACAACACGCUUCCGGCUGACCUCAAUAAGAUGCACCUAACAGACCACGCCCACCAGCAGGUGACACACUUGGCUCCUAGCCAAUCAGGUUGCAGCAUCACCAGUGAUUCAGGAAGUAGCAGCCUGUCAGAUAUUUACCAGGCCACAGAGAGUGAGUUGGGUGAUGUGGACCUUUCUGGACUUCCAGAGACAGCGGUAGACAGCGAGGAAGAGGAGGAGGAAGAUGAGGACCUGGAGAGAGCUUCAGACACUCUUCUGGGUCGAGACCUUGUUCGAGAGUGUCUGGAAAAAGAUCCAGCGGACCGCAACGACGAUGACAUUGAACAACUGCUGGAGUUCAUGCACCAGCUGCCCGCUUUCGCCAACAUGACCAUGUCGGUGCGGCGAGACCUGUGCAGUGUCAUGAUGUUUGAGGUUGUGGAACAAGCCGGCACAGUCUUACUGCACAACAAACAAGAGCUGGACCACUGGUAUGUGAUCCUGAACGGAGCGAUUGAGAUCAGCCAUCCAGAGGGAAGAGUUGAGACGCUUUGUAUGGGCAACAGUUUUGGCAUCUCACCCUCGCUGGAGAAGCAGUACAUGAACGGAGAAGUUCGCACCAAAGGGGACGACUGCCAGUUCGUCUGCAUCGCUCAGGAGGACUACUGGCGCAUCCUCAACCAUGUGGAGAAGAACAUGCACAAGGUGGAGGAAGAGGGAGAGAUCGUGAUGGUGAAGGAGCACCGCGAGCUCGACCGCAGCGGCACCAGGAAGGGGCACAUCGUCAUCAAGGGAACCCCUGAGCGUCUGAUCAUGCACCUGGUAGAAGAGCCGUCGGUGGUGGACCCCACCUACAUCGAGGACUUCCUGCUGACCUACAGGACCUUCCUGUCGAGUCCCAUGGACGUUGGGAGGAAACUGCUGGAGUGGUUCCAGAUGGACGGUCUCCGGGACACGGUAACAAGAAUAGUUCUGCUGUGGGUCAACAACCACUUCAAUGACUUUGAGGACGACCCGGCCAUGACCCACUUCUUGGAGGACUUUGAGAAACUUCUUGAAGCUUCAAAAAUGAAGGGCCAUUUGAGGCUGCUGAACAUUGCAUGUGCAGCUAAGGCGAAGUGGAGGCAGAUCACUCUGCAGAAGGCGUCCAGGGAGUCUCCGCUCUACUUCAGCUUCAAAGGUGGCAGUGAGAGAGGAUUUGGCAUCUUUGUUGAGUCGGUGGAAGAAGGAAGCAAAGCAUCUGAGGCCGGACUCAAACGAGGAGAUCAGAUCAUGGAGGUCAACGGGCAGAACUUUGAGAACAUCUCCUUCUCCAAAGCUGUGGACAUCUUAAGAAAUAACACACACCUCUCCAUCACUGUGAAAACCAACAUAUUUGUCUUCAAAGAGCUCCUUAGUCGGAUCAUGCAUGAAAAGAAGAACGGCGGUCCUCACAUCCCUAAGAUUCAGGAGAAAAAAGGCAACCGUUUCUCCAUCCCCGACCUCCCUGGAGACAUGGAGUUUCCUACGGACCAUAAAAGCACCCGCAAAAUGAAAGCCAACACUGUGUCAGGAGGACGCAACAAGAUCAGGAAGAUGCUGGAGAAGACGCGCUUCAGCAUACUCCCACCUAAACCAUUCAGUGAUGGCAACAUGGGUCAGUCUCAGGACGACAGCAUCGUGGGUACCAAGCAGUGUCGUCACAGCGUGGCCAUCAUGCCCAUUCCUGGGAACCUGUCCUCAAGCAGCCCCGACCUGCUGCAGCCGGCGUCAAGUGUCCUCGACUUUUCUAACCCUGCUGACAUCCCAGACCAGGUUAUUCGGGUGUUCAAAGCCGACCAGCAGAGCUGCUACAUCAUCAUCAGCAAGGACACUACGGCCAAGGAUGUCGUCGCCCACACCGUCAACGAGUUUGGCUUCCUCGCAGCGCCUGAAACCUACUCCCUGUGCGAGGUGUCCGUGAGCCCGGAGGGGGUAAUAAAACAACGCCGUCUGCCCGACCAACUUUCUAAACUGGCUGAUCGGAUUCAGCUUAACGGCAGAUACUACCUGAAGAACAACAUGGAGACAGAAACGUUGUGUUCCGAUGAGGACGCCCAGGACCUCCUCAGAGAGAGUCAGAUCUCUCUGCUGCAGCUCAGCACCAUGGAGGUCGCUGCCCAGCUCUCCAUGAGAGACUUUGAGCUCUUCAGGAACAUUGAGUCCACAGAGUACGUGGAUGACUUGUUCAAACUGGACUCCUCUUCUGGGUAUGGAAAUCUGAAGCAGUUCGAGGAAGUGAUAAACCAGGAAACCUUCUGGGUCGCCACGGAGAUCCUAAAAGAGCCCAACACUCUGAAGAGGAUGAAGACCAUUAAGCACUUCAUAAAGAUCGCCCUGCAUUGCAGAGAGUGCAAGAACUUCAACUCCAUGUUCGCCAUUAUCAGCGGGCUGAACUUGGCACCGGUGGCUCGGCUGCGGAGCACGUGGGAGAAAUUGCCGAGCAAGUACGAGAAGCUCUUCAGGGACCUGCAGGACGUCUUCGACCCGUCCAGGAACAUGGCCAAGUACCGCAACGUGCUGAGCAGCCAAAGCAUGCAGCCACCCAUCAUCCCACUGUUCCCAGUGGUCAAGAAGGACCUCACCUUCCUACAUGAAGGUAAUGACUCCAGUGUCGAUGGCCUCGUGAACUUCGAGAAGCUUCGGAUGAUCGCCAAGGAGAUCAGACAUGUGGUGCGAAUGACCUCAGCCAACAUGGACCCGGCCCUCAUGUUCAGACAGAGGUCGUUAAGUCAAGGCAGCACCAACUCCAACAUCCUGGACGUGCAGGGCGGGGCCCACAAGAAGCGAGUGCGCCGCAGCUCCCUCCUGAACGCUAAGAAGCUGUACGAAGACGCCCAGAUGGCCAGGAAGGUGAAACAAUACCUUUCUAACCUCACAGUGGAGACAGAUGAGGAGAAGCACCAAAUUAUGUCCCUGCAGUGUGAGCCAUCUUACAACACCUUGAGCAAAAACUUGAGUGAGAGGAGAUCUAAUAAGUCGGACAUGUCUCCGGUGUCCCAGCGGUCCACUCUGCCCCUGGGGAAAGCUCAGAACAGGGUAUCCCAAGUCCUCCAAGUCCAGGUACCACUGAACCCUCUACGAAAGAAGAGCACGGCCAAGGACACGGGCACGCCGAAUUCAAAUUCUCCCCAGGUGGUGAAGAAACCUCCAGUGAGCUCCUCAGACGAGUGGAGCUCCAAGAGGCCGUCCGAUGACACCAUUUCAACCGUCUCUUCGCUCCACUCCAGCCCCACGGUGUCGCCUCAGGGCUCUCCACGCAAAGUGGGAGGCGUGACAAAGUCCCAGAACUCCAGCCAGAUGAACCUAUCAGGAUCCUCAUCGUCUCUGACCAGCGACGCCAGCACAAAGACCGGCGUCAGCCUGCGCAGCUACGGCAUAGGUUGCGCCGUCCCAGGCGCUAAAAUGGACAACCUGUCGGACUCGAGUCACAGCGAGAUCUCCUCCCGCUCCAGUAUCUGUUCAGUCGACUCGGUGCCGGCUCCUGGGCCUGACGACCGCUGUAACAGAACCUGUACCGCUGCUGCUGCCACUUUCGCUUCCAACCCUACUGCUGCUACGGCUGCCGAGGUCGCUGAGGGCACGGCGGCGUUAAAUGCUCAUUUAACUGCUGAUUACAGCCAGCCCAGCACAAGGUAA